AUGUACUUCUUUUCAUAUAACCACUCAACACCACCUGAUUCGGAAAGGCUGACAAAAUUGCCAGUUGAACUCUUGGAAAAUAUUCUUCAAAGACUGUCAUCCAAAGAUCUAUGUGAAUUAAAUCACACAAAUCAACUUAUAGGUCAGAUCGCUCUUGUGACACUCUAUCGUUCUCCAGUGAUAAAGACAAUCGAGCAACUCGAGGCCUUGUCCACAGUCAGUCCGUCGAAACUACAGAUAGUGUCUGAACUGAACCUCGAGCACGUUGGAUUUUCGAUAAAGGACUUUCAUCUUCAAGAACUAAAUCAAUGCAAUCGAUUGCGGAUACUCAAUCUCACAAACUGUAAAGCGUCAUCUUCUGCCAUCAACCAGAUCCUGCUUCCUUCACUCAAGUACCUGCAGACCGUAAUCCUCAACAACUGCGCUCUUGAACUCACAACGUUACAACUAUUGGGCCAGGCUGGCCAACACACUCUCUUGGAUCUCGAUUUGAGUAGCGUGGUACUCAAGCCAUGCAGGAAUUUUGAUGAGACAAACGAUCUGGAUGCACUUGUCAAUUUGCCUUUACCGAGCACAUUGGUCACAAUCAACCUUUCGUACUGUAGGUGGGUGCGUUCCUCGACUCUUGAAAACAUUGCUCGUAAUUGCCCGCGCAUAAGAUAUCUCGGUCUACGCUGGUGUGGAAUGAUCCAUUUUACGACCCUAAGAUUGGCGAUCAUGUUAUUACCUAACCUUCGGACAAUGGACACAAUGCACAUGAGCGCAAUCACACACCACGACACGGCUGAAAGGUUGAUCAAAGAGAUAAUUAACUUGUACAAGUAA